AUGUGUCGCGUCGUACUGCUCGACCAGACCCAGUACGUCAACCAUCAGUUGGGAGCGGGGCUCCCAAGAAUCCCCAGGACGGGGGAUAGCCGCGCCACCGGACGAGGUAACUCGUCCGACGUCCGUUCACGUCGCGGUGGUUCAACAGCUGCUCUACUAGAUAGCGCUGGCCACCGCGAGAGUCCUCUAAUGGAGGUGGAGGAGGAGGAAAGACGCUCUCCACACGAUCAUGUGGAUCGGUGUGUUCCCGAGAGCUUCUUUGAUCGCGUAACGCAAGGGUUACGCGACGAUCUCGAGCAUGAGCGGAAUAGGCGUCUCCAGAUGGUGGACACUGCCUCGAAGCAUCGAGCUGAGUUUGCCUUUGCUCAGCUUGAGAACGAGAGAUCUCUGACAUCUCUUCGUGACGAGCUAAGGGUAGCUCGUGGGAUUGUUGAUCGGUCUCGGGCUGAGAUAACUGCUCUUCAGACCCUUGUUGAUGCCCACCAUCGGGAGCACAAGGCUCUCUGCGAGAUGCUUGAGCGCAAGGGCGUUCUUCAUCGGAAGAAGCAGCGUACUGAUGGUACGGCUUAA